CAUCAUAUUUUAAUUAUUUAGACACUUAUUAGCUAAGAUUCAUUAAAGAAUAAAAAUUGAAUCAUAAUUUUGGUAAAUUUACUUAAAAAGACUGUGUUCAAGCGAUUUAAAAUAAAUAUGUUGAAAUCAUCAUUCAAGACAAAUAAUAAUUUAUUUUAUGAACAACUCAAUAUUAUAUUUUUUUAACUGAAAUUAAAAAUCCAAUUCUAUUUAUCAUUUAAUAAUUUCAAAGUUUCCGUAUAAUUGCUAAAUUAUGAGUUGUACAAAGAAUGUUCAUUUUUCUGCAGAUUCUAUCAAAUUUAGUGAUGAAGUUACGAAAUUGGAUGCACCUUUUAAUAUAUACAAAUUUGAUUGUAAAGAUAUGAUAUCAAAUUCUGAUGUAUUUAAAUUACGCACAGCUUUAUUAACUAUGAAAUUUAAGAAAAAAUCAUGUGAUCUUUAUUCUUUUGAACAAUCACCAGAUUUUUAUCGUAUAACAGACGAAGAAAAACCUAAAGAAGUACAGCAGUUCUUAAGUGUUCUUGCUGAAAUAAAGAAAAAAAUUGCUUUGUUUUUGGAAAAAACGUUUAAUGAAACAACUAGUGUUUCAUGUUCUAUGUAUAAUCAAGGAGAUUAUUUACUUUGUCAUGAUGAUAGAGUUGAUGAUAGAUCAGUAGCGUUUAUUUACUACUUAAAUUACGAUUGGUUGAAUGAAUGGGGUGGAACUCUUGAUGUAUAUUCCUCAGAUUCAAAUUUUAAUGCCAAAGAAAUAGUAAAUAGUAUCAAUCCUGAAUUUAAUACUAUGAUAUUUUUUCCUGUAGGGCAAGAUACUUAUCAUCAGGUUGCUGAAAAUGUAUCUAAUUUUUCUCGAAUAUCAAUUAAUGGUUGGUUUCAUUGUGAUAAUUUAGUAUGGAAACCCUAUGAUCAACAAGUUGAAUUACCAAGUCCUAUAUAUCUACCAAUUCAAGUUUCUAGGAGUAAAACUUGUGCAUCAAUGUGUAUAGAAACUAUUUUUGAGGAUCCCGACUAUAGGGAGGCAGUACGUGAAAUGUUUAAUAAUGAUGGCUAUAUAAUGUUGGAAGGGUUUUUUAAGCAAAAUAUGGUAGAUAUUCUUUCCAAUGAGAUUUUCUCUAAUGAUUUACUGUGGCAAGUUAAAGGGCCUUUGAAUAAACGGCAUUACAAAUAUGUUAAUCUUAAUGAACUGCCUUUUAAAGUAUUAUUUGUUGUAAAUGUGAUGAAGACUGAUUUCAUGUUUGAUUUUUUAAAAGAAUGUACUGGAUUAAAUUUUUCUGGAGUUUCAAUAGAAGUUCAAAGAUGGCAUGGUGGCCAUUAUAUGGUAUCUGGUGGUAAUGAUGGAUUGGAUCAUUUGAAUGUGUUAAGUGUAUACUUAUUUUUUAGUCAGUGUUUUGGUGAAAUGUCUGAUACUAUUAAAGAUGAUCUCCAUUAUGUAUUUGAAGAACGUCAUACAUUGCAACCAAAAUUUGCUUGCAAACCUCAAGAUAAUACCAUUUUCUUGGUAAAACGUGAUUCUAAUAUGGAGUCUUAUGUAAAAUAUUGCAAAAAAGUUGAUGGGCAUGCUUGGACUGUUAUAAUAGCAAAUUAUUUAAUUAAUGAAAAUUUAGAAUGUUCAGUUUCAAGUGAAAAAAUUAACAUUUAGUUCAAUAAUUUUUCUUUUUCAUUAUUGUUUUGUUACUUCAACUAUUUUUUUAGAAUAAUUAAAAAGACAUGUGAUACAAUCAUCAAUUAUUGAAUUUUUUAAUAAAAUAAUAAAAAGCAAAUUUUUGUAUAGCU